CAGCAACCCUAGUACCUUACUCAUUCACUCUCCUUCAAAUCGAACACUGCAAUUUCCCAACAAUUCGUUUCAUCAACGAUGGAAGAAACUUUGCAAAGUGAUGAAAUACCGAAAUUCAGAGAUAUCAGACGCUAUUACUGCCAAUACUGUGGUAUCUGUAGAUCCAAAAAAACCCUAAUUACCUCACAUGUCAAUUCAGAACACAAGGAGGAGGUGGAGAAGGCAAGAGUUGAAUCUGAACCUGAUGCAGAGGGUGCUUUGAAAUCUAAUACUUGUGAAGAAUGUGGUGCUAGUUUCAAAAAACAUGCUUAUUUGUUGCAGCAUAUGCAAAGUCAUUCACUUGAGAGACCAUUUGUAUGUAGCCUUGAAGAUUGUAAGGUGAGUUACAGAAGAAAGGAUCAUCUAAAUCGCCACCUUCUACAGCAUCAAGGGAAAACUUUUCAAUGUCCUAUUGAGAAUUGCAAAAGUGGCUUCUCAUUGCAAAGCAAUUUGAAAAGACAUGUUGAAGAGAUUCAUGAUGAAAAUUCGACCCCUAUUAGAAGUGACGAAAAUCAGAAGCAGUUUGUUUGUCCUGAAAUUGGUUGUGGAAAGGUUUUCAGAUAUGCAUCACAGCUACGGAAACAUGAAGAUUCUCAUGUUAAGCUCGAUACGGUUGAAGUGGUGUGCUUAGAGCCUGGUUGCAUGAAAGUUUUCACCAAUGCAGAGUGCCUUAGAGCUCAUGUUAAGUCUUGCCAUCAAUAUGUGACCUGCGACACUUGUGGGACUAAGCAACUAAAGAAGAACAUGAAGAGGCAUCUCCGCACACACGAAACCAGCACUUCAUUAGAACCCUUUAAAUGUGAAUUUAAGGGUUGUGACCGCACAUUCUCAACUAAAUCAAAUCUUCAUACGCAUCAGAAAGCAGUGCACUUUCAAGUAAAGCCGUUUGUGUGUGGCUUUCCUAACUGUGGAAUGAGGUUUGCUUACAAACACGUGAGAGAUAAUCAUGAGAAGACUGCUAAACAUGUUUUUACCCUUGGUGAUUUUGAAGAAACUGAUGAACAAUUCAGGUCAAGGCCAAGGGGAGGGGUGAAGAGAAAAUGUCCUACGGUAGAAAUGUUGGUUAGGAAGAGAGUUACUCCACCUAGUCAAUUGGAGAACUUGUUAUUUAUGCAGCACUGUUAGCAAGAUGGAUCUUACUCCACUCUAGGAUAAAAGUUUUGUUGGCAUGGUUUGAUUGUUAGCAGUGUGUAGAAAUUAUGUAUUUAACAUUAUGAUUAGUUUACUGAAAGAAAGAAAAAAGAAUUAUGAUCAGUUUUAGACGUAUUUGAUUAAGGAUUAAAUGUAUAGUAAGAAUGAAUAAUGAUUGAUGCUUAUAUAGUGUGAAAAUUAAGUAUUUUGAUUA